AUGUUCUUUUUUCCAGAAAAUCGUUCCAUAAUGCCACAGCUCAAGAAUUUGCUCAAUGCGAAAGUGGUGAUUCCUGUUGCUGGCGUCCUCGUACUCCUUAUCGCUGCAACAUUGGUGACGAUAUUUUACAUCAGGAAUCCGACAGUUGCUGACGGCAUUUUUGCUGGGGAAUCCAGUACCGCACCUUAUGAAGGCGAGCAUCAUUCGACGGAUGCUUCGAAAUCAGGUGGAGUUGCAUCUCAUGCCAUGGCAGGCUCGACGUCAGCUCCUGUACUUACGCAAACUUUGACAACGAUACUCGCAACAUCACCUACUUCUGAAACGACAACAGCUUCAAUCUCCGGGGAGGCGUCUGACCCCAACCUCGAUUCCUCAAGUACCAUGCACGCCAUCGAGCCAACGAAGCGUGAAUGA